GAUAUUUCAUUAUUUGUAAAGAAAAGUUUGGAAUUUUUGAAGAAUGAGUGGCAUGACUCCGUUUGUGACACCACGCGUUGUGGCGAAGAAGGUUUUGGCCAGACAACAAUAUGAAGGAGAUGGAGCCAUCGUCAGGCGCAGUAUUGGCAGACCAGAGUUGAAGUUUUUGGAUCCCUUUCUGUUACUGGAUGAAUUCUCAGUCAGUGCUCCUGCUGGCUUUCCAGAUCAUCCGCACAGAGGUUUCGAGACUGUGACAUACAUGCUGGAGGGAGCCUUCACACAUGAGGACUUUGUAGGACAUAAGGGCACCAUCAAGGCUGGCGAUCUGCAGUGGAUGACUGCAGGCAGGGGUAUAGUCCAUACUGAAAUGCCAGCUGGACCAGGAGUGCAACAUGGUUUGCAGUUGUGGGUAAAUCUUUCUUCUAAAGACAAGAUGAUUGAGCCUAAGUAUCAAGAACUUCAAGCGAAAGACAUACCCAAAGUUGAGAAAGAUGGCGUGAAGGCGACUGUUAUAGCAGGAGAAGCUUUGGGCAUCGAGUCUCCUGUCUAUACAAGGACUCCUACUAUGUAUUUGGAUUUCAAAAUGGAGGCACAAGCUGUGCUUCACCAGCCAAUUCCAGAGAGUUGGAAUGCAUUUGUGUAUGUGUUGGAAGGUGAGGCUAGCUUUGGUGCUCCCAAUUCACCACCAGUGGGUGCUCAUCAUACACUUGUAUUGAGUAGUGGUGAUGGGGUGAGUGUGUGGAAUAACAAUGUUGAUAGCAAACCCUGCAGAUUCGUAGUAAUUGCAGGGCAACCCCUAAAUGAGCCAGUGGUACAACAUGGACCCUUCGUCAUGAACACCAGACAAGAGAUAGUGCAAACGAUUCAAGAUUAUCAUUUGGGUAGAAAUGGAUUCGAGAAAGCCAGUGUAUGGCAUUCCCAUAUUGCUCAAACUUAGAUUUUUUUAUUCACUUUCAAUCUCUAUCCAUUCACUAUUAAUGAUUGACUCCAUGCACAUUUGAAGCUCUAUUCAGAACAGUAGGAAUAUUGUGUAUAAUUACAUCGUUUUCUUGCCUUAUUGUGAACAACAAACGGGCCUCCUUCCAGCACCCCAUUUCUAAGAGAAAAAGAAUUGAAUCCGUUUGUUUGAAUAUAUUUGCCUUGUUUUGGAAGAUCGCCCAUUUCUUUCAGAUCAGGUAUGU